CCCAUAAACGAAAUCGCAUGUAUCAGUGCAUCAGAACUGGAGCUAUUUGUCGUCGGUAAUUGAUUGUCGCCGCACCGCACAUCCACACGCAAUCGAAAGUAUCCACCUGAAAAAUGCGCGCGUGAUCUCACCAUCCAACAACCAACAGCCGGCAAAGAAACUCACCACUCGUCGAUCGAUGUUGAUCUACCUGUUCCGCGCACGCCUGCUGCCGCGCCGAGGAAAAUUCAUUCACGGUGAACACGACGUCGUCGCGUCGAACGACGUCGUCGUCGAUGCGAUAAUAGCGCGUCGUCGCACCGCGCCGUUUGAAUUUUGGCAGCAUUCUCUGCUGUGCAUUGUUUUUCGAGCUGAGCACGUGCACGGUGUGCCGCCUGGCAGUCAUUCGAGAUCGGGGGUUCGUCGCUUACGGCAGCAGGUCUUUUAGGGGGAAUCGACUUCGGUCCAGCGGUUAAUUUAGAUCCUUCAGUAGCAGUUCAGCAGUGUAGUGGCGCGGAAGCAUUUCCUCCAGCUUUCCUCUCUCCGUAUGGAACGUUGGUGACUCUAGCGUGUGAUUUGAGGUUCGAGACUUUUCCGGAAAAUCGGUUUUGGGAUUUUGAAAGUGCGGCAAAGCUUUUCGGCGGUGUUUUGUGAGCUGAUUCUGAAUUGGAGUUGUGCAAGUGGUUCCGGCCGAUCGGAAUCAAUCAAAGAAGAAAGAUCGUGUUCUGGGAUAUCAAAUCGCAGUUUGAUUGAAUUCGUGUGAUUGGGAAAACGAUGGUAUUCAGUGUGAAUUGAAUCGAAGAAAAAAAUAACGGAAAAACUAGAUUUUUUGGAGGAGCUCGUGUAGUCAAUCGACAAAAAAAAUCCAAUUCAAAAAUGGGGGCCGACUCCCAAACCAAGUCGAUACCUUGCGGAAAAACGGCCGAACUCAUCGAUGUUGCCAUGUCCACCUCCAAAGAGAAUCCCACCUCCACCUGCAGUCAGCUUCCCAGCCUAACCGAACUCAGCGAAGAACUCUCCGCACAGGAUUCCACCCUCGAUCCAAAGCAGUUCCAGAAAGCCCUGUCCAGCUGCAGUAGUUUGUCACAUGAAGCCGAAAUCGACAAAAAAUUGAAAGAUAUCGGAUCGCACACCCCGAUCCUGCCGUCGGAAAUCGGAACGGAUUUCAAUUUUAAGCGGGAGAUCGUCUGGAAGAAUGUGAUAGGUUUCGCGUUGUUGCACAUCUGCGGCUGGAUCGGGCUCCAUCUGGCCUUCUGGCGGUACUGCGACUGGCGGACGACGCUCUACACUGGUUGGUUGAUGUACAUGUCCGGUCAAGGAGUCACAAUGGGUGCCCAUCGGUUAUGGGCCCACCGUGCCUUCAAGGCGUCCCUGUGGCUAAGGGUUCUACUACUGUGGUUGCAUACCCUUGCCGGGCAGAACUGCCUUUACGUUUGGGUGCGAGAUCACCGACAACACCACAAGUACUCGGAUACCGAUGCGGAUCCGCACAACGCCAACCGUGGGUUCUUCUUCUCACACGUCGGUUGGCUGCUGUCCCGCAAACAUCCAAAGGUCAUCGAAUACGGCAAGAAGAUCGACAUGUCCGAUUUGGAAGCCGACCCCUUGAUCAUGUUCCAAAAAGAGCAUUACAAAGUGCUAUACACCUUUUUCACCAUCCUUGGACCCACCGCUGUUCCGAUCCUGCUAUGGGGAGAAAACCCUUUGUACGCUCUGUUCGUAGCCUAUUUCUUCCGCACUGUCCUGAGUUUGAAUGGCACCUGGUCUGUCAACAGCGCCGCUCACAUGUUCGGAACCCGAGCUUACGAUAAAACUAUCUGGCCAGUUGAGAACAUGUUCGUGUCGUUUGUGGCGAUGGGAGAAGGUUGGCACAACUACCAUCACGCCUUUCCCUGGGACUACCGAGCCUCGGAGUACGGAACGCCACUGAAUUUGACCGGAACUUUGAUCGACAUUCUCGCCAAAUGGGGAGCCAUUUGGGACCGGAAAACUGCCACCGCCAACAUGGUCAAAAAUCGUGUUCUUCGAACUGGCGAUAAGUCACAUCACACCUACGGCACGGAAGAGGGACGUAAUGCAUUCACCACCCUGUUUGGAAUCUGGCGUCACCCAACGAAUCCGACCUUCAACUCGAUCUACACACCGAAGCCGAAGAUCAUCCAGAGCGAUGGAUACGCCCUGAUCGAGGAUGAGUUGAAGAAAUCGGAAAUGGAUGACGAGAUCCUGCAGCGGGAAGCAGAAGAACUACUUCGCUGCCAAAAGGAAGAGGAAGACCAGAAGACUGAAGCCAACAAAAUCUACAACAAGCUAUCCCAGUACAUCAAGGAUCAACAACGGCAGCAGGAACCGCCAAUCCUGGAGGAGGAUGACCUCCUACAGAGCAAUAACAACUUGGACAAGGCCGGCAAGAGUAGGCUCAAUGUGAACGGAAACGCGAAUGUGAUACAAAGAAAAACCGCUUCCACGCACUAGCGGAGGACAGCAGUGUGGGGACUGAGUGUAGCGUGUAUAAUUGGGAUUGGGAUCUGAAGUUCAGAUCAGUAGAGUAGAUCAACAUCAUCACCGUAGAACUAUCAUUUUCUAUAGAAACCCUGCCCAUCAAAACACUAACAGAUCUACAUUAGCCACUAAUGUUAUUUCUUGUAGGUUGUAAUAUUAAUCCGAGUACUAACCAGAUUUCCAACUAUCGGGACGAGUAAGUAGCUCUAGAUAAGGAUACUACUGUUGUUUCCCAGAAUAGCCGACCGAACCAGCGUGGACCAAGUGUAGAAUUGGUACGAACGAGUUCAAUUUGCUCAUCGAGUUUAAGUAGCGGAGAAAUCAUUUCAAACGACGAUGUGAUUCUUUCUUUUUAAUUUUAGUCUAAGCUUUACCUGAACACAAAACUGUAUUGGUUUUAUUUUAUAGCAUUAGACAUUGUAGCUUAGACACAAUUAAUACGUGUUAAUGAAAGUGAAUAUUUUUGUUUUGCUCAACAGCAUGGAAGAAGCAUGUGAAUCCAUCCAGUCAAUUUACUGGUUAGAAACUAAUGUUAAAAGUAAUAGAGAAACCAAAUAAAUUUGUUUUCUUGUAAAUAAAA